AGUUGCAAGGUUUGGGAAGCUUGGUAGGCCUGAGGUGCAGAACCCGGGAGGAGGGCGGGGCGAGCACGGAGCUCAGGCUUUGUGCGGCGGAGGAGUUGAGGUCGGAAUUGCGCGGUUAGUUUGUGAGGCGUGACCGUGCGGUGCUAAGGGGCUGCAGUUGUGAUGAGCAUCUGUUUCUCACCCCUCGUUCUACUCUGUUCCUGAAGAGCAGCAGAGAGGAGCUGCGACUGUCAAGCCAUGGCUCAGGUGUCGGUGCUGUUCCGUGAUGUGUACAUAGACUUCUCUCAGGAGGAGUGGGAGUGCCUGACCGAGGAGCAGAGGGACUUGUACAGAGAUGUGAUGUUGGAGAACUACAGCAACCUGCUUUCCAUGGUCCUGGAAUCAAGAUGUGAGGCCCAGAAGCUGUUUUUGAAGAAGGAACUUUGUGAGAUAGAAUCAGCACAGUGGGAGAUAAUGAGAAAGCUCACAAGACAGGACCUUCAGUGCUCCAGUCUCCGUGGUGCUUGGGAAUGGAAUGACCAGCGUGUGAGACAGCCUGGAUCGCAGGAGAGACAGUUCAGUGAACUGAUACUCAACCGCGAAGACACGCCCACUCUCCCUCAGUAUCCGGCCUUCCGGCUGCAGCACAUUGUUAAGAACAAAGAGAGAUGUCGUGCGAGUAAAGAAAAUAGGAAGCACUAUAAACACGGCUCACAGUUUACCACCCAUCAAAUCGUUCGCGCCGUUGAGAAGCCGUAUGAAUGUAAGGACUGUGGCAAGACCUUCAGACACCCCUCAGGACUUACCCAUCAUCACAAAAUUCACACUGGAAAGAAACCCUUUGAAUGCAAGGAAUGUGGAAAAACGUUUAUUUGUGGCUCCGACUUGACGCGACAUCACAGAACUCACACAGGCGAGAAACCCUAUGAGUGUAAGGACUGUGGAAAAGCCUUCAGUAGUGGUUCAAAUUUUACUCGCCAUCAGAGAAUUCACACUGGCGAGAAGCCUUAUGAAUGUAAAGAAUGCGGGAAGGCUUUUAGUAGUGGUUCGAAUUUUACUCAACAUCAGAGAAUUCACACUGGAGAGAAACCCUAUGAAUGUAAGGAGUGUGGCAAUGCCUUUAGUCAGAGCUCACAGCUUAUUAAACAUCAAAGAAUCCAUACUGGUGAGAAACCCUAUGAGUGUAAGGAGUGUGAAAAGGCUUUCCGGUCUGGUUCUGACCUCACUAGACACCAGAGGAUUCAUACUGGAGAGAAGCCCUAUGAAUGUAAGGUUUGUGGGAAAGCCUACUCUCAGAGCUCACAACUCAUCAGUCAUCACAGAAUUCACGCCGGGAAGAAACCCUAUGCGUGUGAAGAAUGUGGGAAGACCUUUAGAGUCCGCCAGCAGCUUACUUUCCACCGUAGAAUCCACACUGGCGAGAAACCCUACACAUGUCAGGAAUGCGGGAUGGCUUUUAGGCAGACGGCACACCUCACCAGACAUCAGCGGCUUCAUUCUGGUGAGAAGCUGUACGAGUGUAAGGAGUGUGGGGAAGCCUUCAUAUAUGGCCCAGACCUUCGCGCUCAUCAAAAACUCCAUGCUGGUGAGAAGCCCUACGCGUGUAAGGAAUGUGGGAAGGCCUUCAGGGUACGAGGACAGCUCACCCUCCAUCAGAGGAUCCACACUGGGGAGAAGCCCUAUGUGUGUAAAGAGUGUGGCAAGGCCUUCAGGCAGUAUGCACACCUUACUCGACACCAGAAGCUGAACGUUGCUGACAGACUCUACGAGUGUAAAGAGUGCGGGAAAGACUUUCUGUGCGGCUCCGGCCUCAGAGUCCAUCACAAACUUCACACCGGCGAGAAGCCCUAUGAAUGCAAGGACUGCGGGAAGGCCUUUCGAGUUCGACAGCAGCUAACGCUGCAUCAGAGAAUCCACACUGGCGAGAAGCCCUAUGAAUGUAAUGAAUGUGGGAAGACCUUUAGUCGGGGUUACCAUCUUAUUCUCCAUCACAGAAUCCACACGGGCGAGAAGCCGUAUGAGUGCAAGGAGUGCUGGAAGGCGUUUAGCCGCUACUCCCAGCUCAUCUCGCAUCAGAGUGUUCAUGUCGGUGUGAAACCCUACGGCUGCAAAGAGUGUGGGAAAGCCUUCCGGCUGCUCUCGCAGCUCACACAGCACCAGAGCAUCCACGCCGGCGAGAAGCCCUACGCCUGUAAGGAGUGUGGGAAGGCCUUUAGGUUGCGCCAGAAACUUACUCUGCACCAGAGCAUCCACACGGGGGAGAAGCCCUUUGAAUGUAAGGAGUGUAGGAAGGCCUUUCGCCUCAACUCUUCUCUUAUCCAGCAUCUGAGAAUCCAUUCCGGUGAGAAGCCCUAUGAGUGUAAGGAGUGUAAGAAGGCCUUCAGACAGCACUCCCACCUCACCCACCAUCUGAAGAUUCAUAAUGCCAAUGGAGAAAAGUUCUAUGAAUGUAAAGAGUGCAGGAAGACCUUUAUCCGCCGCUCAACGCUUAGUCAGCACUUGAGAAUCCACACUGGUGAGAAACCGUACAAAUGCAAGGAAUGUGGGCAGCCCUUCAGACAGCGUGCACACCUCAUCCGACACCACAAACUGCACACCGGUGAGAAGCCCCAUGAGUGUAAGGAGUGUGGGAAGGCCUUCACAGUGCUCCAAGAACUCACUCAGCAUCAGCGGCUCCAUACGGGGGAGAAGCCGUAUGAGUGCAGGGAGUGUGGAAAGGCCUUCCGGGUGCAUCAGCAGCUGGCGCGGCACCAGAGGAUUCACACCGGGGAGAAGCCCUAUGAGUGCAAGGACUGUGGCAAGACCUUCAGACAGUGCACACACCUUACCCGGCACCAGCGACUGCACACUUCCGAGAAGCUGUAUGACUGUAAGGAGUGUGGGAAAGCCUUCGUGUGCGGCCCAGACCUUCGAGUCCAUCAGAAGAUCCACUUCGGCGAGAAGCCCUAUGCCUGUAAGGACUGUGGCAAGUCCUUCAGGAUAUGCCAACAGCUAACUGUCCAUCAGAGCAUCCACACUGGGGAGAAACCCUAUGAAUGUAAGGAAUGCGGGAAGGCCUUCAGGUUGAGGCAACAGCUUGUUCGCCAUCAGAGAAUCCACACCCGUGAGAAGCCCUACGAAUGUCUAGAGUGUUGGAAGACCUUCAGUAGUUAUUCCCAGCUGAUCUCACACCAGAGCAUUCAUGUGGGCGAGAGACCCUACGAGUGCCAAGAGUGUGGGAAAGCCUUCCGCCUGUACUCGCAGCUCACUCAGCACCAGAGCAUCCACACGGGCGAGAAGCCCUACGAGUGUAAGGCGUGUCGGAAGCCUUUCCGGCUGCUCUCCCAGCUCACUCAGCACCAGAGCAUCCACACGGGCGAGAAGCCCCACGAGUGCAAAGACUGUGGGAAGGCUUUCCGGCUCUACUCAUUUCUCUCUCAACACCAGCGGAUCCACACCGGAGAGAAGCCCUACAAAUGUAAGGAGUGUAAGAAGGCCUUCAGACAGCACUCCCACCUCACCCAGCAUCAGAAGAUCCACAGUGGAACUUAAAACCUCAGUUCUGUGUUAGGUUGCAAAAUAUCAGGAAACCCAUUUUUGAGAAUAAUUUCUUAUAAGCAUAAGAAAGACAGUGUUGCUUUAAAAGCCCUCCAUUCUCACUUACAUGUUACCUAUCUUCAGGAAAUUCCUCUGAAAGAAUAAUUUGAUGGAUGUAGGAAAAUCUUUAGCCUUAUCUGUCGCCAUCUCCUUCUAGCUACACUCCUCCCACUGUGACUGUGACUCUGGACAGGACACUAAAUAGCAACGCCUUGUCUCCGCACUGUUGGAAUGGCGAUGACAGUACCUAUAUGUGUUAUUUAUUGUUCUGUAACAAAUUACUAGAAAACAGUAGUUUAAAUAAUAUACAUUUAGUGUCUAAAGAUUUCUAUAGUUCAAGAGUCCAGGAAGGCCUUAGUUGGGUCUUUGAAGUUGCAACUGAGGUUGGCUUUCAUCUGAAGGCUUAACUAGAGAAGUACCCACAUCGAAGGUAACAGGUUAGACACCUGAGGCCCCUGAAUUCUUUGAGAGCGGAUACAUUGAAAUCCUCAGUUUCUGGAUGGCCGUUGGCUGAGAGAUGAGUGAAGUUCCUGGCCACAUUGACCAUCCCAGUGUGGCUGUUGGUUUGUUGUAUUUUUUUUUUUUUAAUUUUAGGUGGGGUUUCUUUGUAUAUCCCUGACUGUCCUGGAAGUCACUCUGUAGACCAGACUGGCCUUGAACUCACAGAAAUUCACCUGCUUCUGCCUCCAAGUGCUGGGAUAAAAGGUAUAGCUGCUGUUUUAAUAAGAUCUUGGAAUCCAAGAAAGGUGGUUGCUAGCAGGAUGGAAGUCAGCUAGCAAGACUGAAGUUAUAAUCUGUGUAACCUAGUCAUAAACAUCCCACCAUUUUACCACCUUCUGCUGGUUAAAAAUAAGUUCUCACACUCAAGAUUGCAUGAAGCUGAAGAUUCCAAGACAGGGACCAGUGAUGGAAGUUUAGAGCUGUACUGCAUAAAAGAAUUGAUAAGAAUGAAGUAGCUGAGACUUGACAGAGAGCAGUCAUGGUAGCAUGCAUCCCUUAAGUGAUGUCCAUGAUUGUUGGCAGUAUUGUCAGUUCGUAUAAAAGGAAGACGAUCCUAUGGAAGUAAUACAUGUAAAAAUGCUUCUUUUUACAUCUCUGCAUUUACAAACCUCAGAGUAACCUCUUUGAGGUAAGAUCUAGGAGGUUAUAGUAAUUGGGAGAUUUUUGUCACUUCAUGACUGAAUUUCAUGAAUGUGGAUUGUUAAAACUUAACCGUUAAAGAAUCAGAGAGAGUGACAUCUUCAAAUUAAACAAAAAAGCAGAUCAUUUCGAAUCCCCUCUCUGACAAGAUUCAGGAUGAGCCACACAAUCUCAAGGAUAGCAUCAAAGACAGCUAGCCACCUGGGGAUUUGGCUUUUAUGCGUACACAUAUGUAAAGUCUGGGGAAGGGCUUGGUAGUUGAGUGCAUGCUGUGUGAGCAUGAAGACCCAAGUUUGGAUCCCAGAACCCAUGUUAAAUGCCAGGUAGAUGGAUGUGGUUCCAGCCUCUGGAGACAGAACCUGGAUGUCCUAAGCAAGUUGGCUAGUAAGACCAUAUUGGACAUAUCGCUGAGCUCUGGGUUGGAUUGAGAGACCCUACCCCAGUGCUUACAGUGGAAGAGUGGUCAAAGAUAGCUCCUCAGAUAACCUAGGACCUCCACAUGCACCUGUGGGCAUGUUCACUACACACACGAGCCCACACACAUGCAAAUGCACACCGCAUUCACACAAUAGUAAAAAGAUUUACAAUCUGUAACCUUUUGUUACUCGGGAGGCAGA